AUGUUUCCAAACCAUUACUCUCCAUCGAAUAAUCCAUAUCCGGAUUUUCCUCCAUAUAAUCCUUCGACGUCGUCUUCGUCUUCAAAUAUAACCAAUCUUGGUAGUUCUUCGUCACCACCACCUCAUUAUCAUCAACAUCAACAUAUGUUUUCAUCAACACAUUUUUCAAAUGAUAAACUUCAAUCAUCACCAACUGGUUAUCCAACAUUUGCUAUGCAUGGUUUGAAUAUGAAUGUCAAUGUAACGAUGAGUCCUGUCUAUGUUCCAACAAAUAAUCUCUCGCUUCCACAAUCAUCACCAUCAGCUCCGAUAAAACCGUUCUAUUCACCUGAAGAAAGUGGCAUUAAUCCAUUAGAAGAAAAAUCGAUCAAUUUGGCUGCAAUCAACACUAACGAAAGUCUUCCACCACCAUCCGCACAACAACAGCAACAAUCCGCACUUCCAUUGCCUAAGUUGACUGCUAAGGGCAAGAAAGUUCGUAAACCACGAACAAUUUACAAUCCACUACAAUUACAAGCACUCAAUAAACGUUUCCAUCGUACACAAUAUUUAGCAUUGCCUGAGCGAGCCGAAUUAGCAGCAAUGCUUGCUUUAACACAAACUCAGGUCAAAAUAUGGUUUCAAAAUAAACGUUCGAAAGAAAAGAAAUCCAAUCGUCAAGGCAACCGGACGCGUUCUUCCAAUGAUAAUGGUAUCAAUUGCAAUGGUGAAGAAGUCUACUCGGAUGAUGAGACAAGUUCAACAUCAACCAACAACAAUGAUUCAUCUUUACACGCAACACAAUCUUUAGCACCCGCAUGCGAAAGUAAAGACGUUGACGUGACUACAACAAAUCAAGCAAUGAUCAAAUCAUCACCUAAUAUCUAUGAACAGUCUUCACCACCAUCUCUCACCUCGUCAUCAUCGUCAUCGGCAACGAUGAUGUCAACAAUAGCAUCAUAUCCAGCAAAUGAUUUCCUUCGAUCGAAUUCGAUGCAUUUCGACUAUGGUGCAAUGAAUGGAUUCUGGCCACCAUAUCUUUAUGAUGCAAACAACAAUACGAAUGGUUAUUAUCAGCAACAUCCACCAACGAUUCAUACUUAG